CCUACAGCUUGAAGGGGGAGGAAGACACGUAUAAAAGGCCUCGGAGGAGCGUCUUGAAGCAGUGUCGCCUUCACCAUGAAGCUGCUCGUCCUGUGCUCGCUGGUGGCCGCUGCCGCCGCCUGGCCCAGCCUGGCUGACCUCGAGGGCUUCCAAGGGGACCAGCCAGCCGUAACAGUAGCCAAGAAACAGCAAGACAUCAAUCGCUUGCUGAACAAGAUCUAUGAUGACCUUGUGUACCCUGAACUCACCAUCAUCGCUGAAAACUUCGAGGACAACCUGGAUCUCGCAGUCUAUAAGGACAAUGGCGAAGCCGUGCAGAAGCUGCUGCGCGAGGUGCAUGACCACCGUCUUCUGGGGCAGCACCAAGUGUUUUCUCUGUUCAACAGCCGCCAUCGAGAGGAGGCCUUGAUGCUCUUCGAAGUUUUCAUACAGUGCCAGACAUGGAACGACUUUGUCAGAAACGCCGUGUUCUUCCGCCAGAACAUGAACGAGGGAGCGUUUGUUUACGCUUUGUACGUCGCCGUUAUUCAUUCUGAGGUGGGCCAUGGCGUCGUCCUGCCGCCCCUCUACGAGGUCACACCCCAUCUCUUCACCAACAGUGAGGUCAUCAACAAGGCUUAUGCGGCGCAGAUGACCAACACGCCCGGAACCUUCCACAUGAACUUCACCGGCUCUAGGAAAAAUCGGGAGCAGCAAGUCGCCUACUUUGGCGAAGACAUCGGCAUGAACAUGCAUCACGUCACAUGGCACAUGGACUUCCCCUUCUGGUGGACUGACUCCUAUGGCCACCACAUCGACAGAAAGGGUGAGCUGUUCUAUUGGGUGCACCAUCAGCUCACUGCUCGCUACGACGCUGAGCGGCUUUCCAACUGGUUGGACAUCGUGGACGAGCUCAGCUGGGAGUCCGUCAUCACGGAAGGGUUCGCUCCCCACACCAGCUACAAGUAUGGUGGUGAGUUCCCUCCGCGUCCUGAUAACAUUCCCUUCCAAGACGUGAGAGGCGUGGCACGCGUGCGGGACAUGGUCAUUACUGAGAAACGCAUACGCGACGCCAUCGCCCGCGGGUACGUCACCGGCAGGAACGGCGAGAUCAUUGACAUCAGCAACGACAAGGGUAUUGAUAUUCUGGGAGACAUAGUCGAGUCCUCCGUUUACAGCCCCAACGUGAUGUACUACGGCUCCCUGCAUAAUACUGCCCACAUCAUGCUGGGUCGCCAGGGCGACCCUCAGGGCAAGUUCGACAUGCCGCCAGGCGUCAUGGAGCACUUUGAGACUGCUACUCGUGACCCCAGUUUCUUCAGACUCCACAAGUACAUGGAUAAUAUAUUCAAGGUGUACAAGGAUUCACUGCAGCCCUACACCAAGGAUGACCUCGUCUUCCCUGGCGUGACCGUCCAGUCCAUCACGAUCGACGGAGAGCUCAGAACCUACUUUGAAGACUUCGAAUUUAGCCUCCAGAACGCUGUGGAUCACUCCACCACUGUCCAGGAUGUCGAUAUUUUUGCCCGUGUGAGCCGCCUCAACCACAAGGAGUUUGCUUACAACUUCGAGAUUCUAAACAACAACGAUGAGGAGGUCGAUGCUGCCAUCCGCAUCUACUUGUGCCCGCAGAAGGACCCUCUGGGCAUCAACUUCACCUGGGAUGAAGGACGCUGGCACUGCAUCGAGAUGGAUAAAUUCUGGAGGAAGUUGAGCACCGGCAGCAAUGCAAUCAUCCGCAAGUCGACAGAGUCCUCGGUCACCGUGCCAGACUCCAUCGGCUUCACUACCCUCCAGCAGAAGGCCGACGAGGCUGUGGCCGGCGGCUAUGAUCUGAACCUGCAGAAGUUCCGCCGUGCGUGCGGCAUCCCCGAGAGGAUGCUCCUGCCCAAGGGUAAAUAUAACGGCAUGGAGUUUGGCUUGGUGAUAGCCGUGACCCCGGACGAACACGUUGAUGAGACCCAGAUCGACGGCAACCACGCCCACUGUGGCACCCACGGCAGCCACUAUCCCGACAAGAGGCCCCUCGGCUACCCGCUCGACCGCCGCAUUCCCGACAGGCGGGUCUUUGAGGAGACUCCUAACAUUGAGUCUAUCAACGUCAAGGUCUUCCACGGUGAACACUAAGCCUCUGCUACUGAAGAGGAGCAAGAAGGAAGCGGGCCUAAUGGUCAACAUCAUUUGACAAUCUGGCGCCUUACACUCAAGAUCCUGUUCGGUGGCAGUCACAGAAGAGAUGAUCACUUCACGAACGAGUCCGGUUGUGGCUACAAAUAUAUAAAUUACAUGGUUCACUUAGUAUUGCUUUGAUUUAUCUAAGUACAUACCAAAUGAUCAAUAAAAAAAUACGUAUA